GACCAAAACACAUUCUAAUCAUUCUCUCCCUCUCAGGCUCUCACCCUUUUCCUAGAGUUUCAUUCUUUAUUUGUAUAGACAAAAGAAAACAUAUAAAACUCAUCAUCAUAGACUUAGAAAAAUGGAAAUUGAAGCAAGGCAAAACAUGGUAGCAAAAAAGCUAUGGAACAUGGUACGUGUAUUAUUGUUCAUGAUAAGAAAAGGCAUAGCCAAGACCAAAACAAUGGUAGAUCUCAACUUGAUUCUCAAACGUGGGAAACUGGCUGGGAAAGGCUUAAUCAACACUCUCGUUCUCAAUCACCAAUUAUACUAUUCCUCGCUCACAUGUCGCUCCCACGACAAUAUUAACUCUUUCAUCUCUCCUUGUGAAUACGAAUUCAGCUGCAGCAACACCCCUGUUAAUCCUCUCUAUCAUUCUAGCCGCCGCUUCUCCAAGUCACGCCAACGACACAACGAUGUUUCCAUCAUGAAAAAUAAUAAUAUUGAUGUUCAUAAGGUGUUUAUUGAAAUGAUGUUGAACAAUGAAAAGGUGGAGGCUGUGGCUGAUUUUCCUUUAGUGGCAUUGCCUGGUUUUGGGCAGAGCCCUGUUGGGAGACAACUAAGGGUUACCGAUUCGCCUUUCCUGCUCGAAGACGAAGGGGAUAGUCAUCAUGUAGACAAGGCAGCUGAAGAAUUCAUUAACAACUUCUAUAAAGAUCUCAAUAGGCAAAAUAGAUCAAUCAGCUUCUUUUGAGUCACCAUACAAUUAAUUACAUCAAUGGAUAUAAUUUUUAUUAAUUUCCACCAAUAGUAAUAUUUUUCUUUGUAUGUCGUCAAAGUUACAGUUUUAGAUUAAUUGAUCAACUGUUCAGUGACAUCAUGCAGUUAUGUGACUUCAAUUACUUUGAAGUUUGAAAAUUGAUGCUGCAGUUACAUUUUAGGUUUAUUAAUAAUUUUCAGGUAUAAUAUGCUUAUUGUGUAUUUGGCUCUUGGUUAUAUUAUAUUUGUCAAAAAAGUAUUAACUUCGGUUCAGUUCACUAAGCAGUGUUAUUCAACUUUGUUUUUAUUUUAUUCU